AAAUGUAAUAAAUAAGUUAUGGAAAUUAAUUAGGCAAAAAGGAACAUUAACAUACCUAUGUGAAAUCUCGGUUGUUUUCAGCAGCAUGGAAGGCACAUAUUUAAAGAAAAAUAUAUACAUAAACGGCACUAACGACCCUGGAGAACAGGCUGACUUAGAACUUUAUGAAACAGUUUCAGUGGACGAUGACAUAUAUGAAAAUACAGGCAUUGCUGUAUCAGUUCUUGAAAAACCAAAUUCAGGACUUAGUGAAAAAUGUGAGACACUUCAAACAGCACCACAAGAAGAACAGAAGAUCGACUCUUCUAAAGUGGCCACCUGCACGACGUGUCAGAAAGUAAUGCUACUUAUAUUUGUAUUGGCGAGUGUGUUAAUGAGCAGUGUUUCUUUAGUCAUUGCUCUUACCAUUCAUUUGAGAGUCGAGGCGGCAGUAGACGGGUCCUGGAGUGACUGGGCAUCAUGGGAGACCUGCUCAACUACAUGCGAUGUAGGACUGCAGACACGUCAUCGGAACUGUUCAAGUCCUGCUCCAUUAGGGCAUGGUCGUCAGUGCCUUGGUGAAGAUAGCGAACACAGAUUGUGCAUGCCCGGACCUUGUUCAAACGGAAGUUGGUCAGCUUGGGGAAGUUGGGGAAGUUGCAGUGUUUCUUGCGAUGUUGGACUUAAGUCAAGAUUAAGAAUUUGUACUCAUCCUAGACCCUCUGUGUUUGGUAGUUCUUGCGAAGGGGAUAACAUGCAAGCAGAGAUUUGUGGAAGAGAGCCAUGCAGUGAAACUCGUGUUGCAUUUAAUGUAUAUCAGUACUCUGCCACAGGAAUAUCCGACAGUCACACUGUUAUAUUUACUAAUAUAUUACUAAAUGAGGGGGGAGCUUACAAUCAAACAGAUGGACUCUUUACUGCUCCAUUCAGUGGACUUUAUCAGUUCAAUGGGCAAAUUUGUACUGUGGUAGGAAAGAAUGCAGAAUAUACUCUUACAAUCGAAGGAAAGUCCUUUGCCAGCGGAGAAUACAGAACACCGUCAGAUGCUGGGGAUGGUAAAUGUACAUCAUUCAGCGCCGUUGUGUCCGUGCUAAGAGACCAGAGAGUCUGGAUAACAAGUCAGCAUUUGUUUGCAAACGACAACGAUUGGAAUUCCUUUUCGGGGAUCCUCAUUCACAAAACGUAGAGAGGAAUUUACGUUUAACGGAAAGCCAGAGCUUAACCAAUGAUAUUGACAUACAGGAAAUACAGGGAAGAUGCAAUUGGCGGAUUAUUGCUAAAACAAUCCAUGCAAUAACCAGCCUAACAACUGAAACUUUUCUACAAUAAUUUAUGUUAAUUAAUUUGUAUGAUGCAAUCAUUGGUUGAUUUUCAUUGUCCGCAAACGCCACCUUUAAGCACAACUCUGAUGUUGUCAUGGCAGAUUAUAAGAUUCUUUCACUGGUUGUAGGUGCAGAUGGGAAUA